GCCCUGGCCCUGGAAGAGGAGCUGGCCCUGCUGGCCGCCGAGGAGGCCCAGGAGGCCGAAGAGGCCGAGGCGCCCUCCUGCUCCUCCUCCUCCUCCGGCUCCAAGGCGGUGGGGCGGCCGCUGCCUUCGGCGCCGGAGCCGGAGCUGCUCUCGCUGAUGAGGCAGAAGGAGAAGGACCUGGUGCUGGCCGCCCGCCUGGGCAAGGCGCUGCUGGAGCGCAACCAGGACAUGAGCCGCCAGUACGAGCGCAUGCACCAGGAGCUCAGCGACAAGCUCGAGCACCUGGAACAGAAAGCAUGAACUACGGAGUCGGUUUAGAAAAAAGAAGGGGAAUGGGAAGGAAGGGUAUCAGAACUGGAGAGUGAUGUGAAGCAACCCAGGGGGAACUGGAAGCACAGGUUUCAUUCUCGAGAAGCCAUCGGGGAAAAAACCCGGGCGGUUCAGGACCUAGGAACAAACCAAAGACUCUUGGAUCAAUUGUCAGGGGCCUCGGAGGUGGAGAAACAGCUCUCUAUGCAGGUUCAUGUCCUCCAAGAGGACUUCAGGGAGAAGAAGUCAUCGACCAGCCAGCAUAUAGUACGGCUUGAGAGUCUCCAGGCAGAGCAAGUCCUUGAAAUUAAGAUGCUUACUGAUCGGAAGCAUGAGUUGGAACGUCGGCUGAGUGCCAUGAUGGAGGAAAAUAAUCUCCUCCAGGGAACAGUUGAGGAGCUUCAAGACCGAGUAUUAAUUCUGGAGCGACAAAGCCAUGAGAAGGAUGUGCAGUUGCAUCAGAGCCAGCUGGAACUUCAAGAGGUGAGGAUGUCUUACCGGCAGCUACAGCUAAAGGUGGAAGAGCUCAGUGAGGAGAGGAGCCUCCAGCACUUCAACUCAACCAGCACAUCUCUGUUGUCAGAGAUCGAACAGAGCAUGGAAGCUGAGGAGCUUGAACAAGAGAGAGAACAGCUGAGACUCCAGCUCUGGGAGGCCUAUUGUCAAGUUCGAUACUUAUGCACUCACCUCAGAGGGAAUGACAGUGCAGAUUCUGCAGUCUCCACAGAUUCUUCCAUGGAUGAAUCUUCAGAAACCUCAUCGGCCAAAGAUGUGCCAGCUGGUAGUCUGCGUGCUGCUCUUAGUGAGCUUAAGAGGCUAAUACAAAGUGUCAUAGAUGGCACAGACUCCCCGAGUCCACGGAGAAGUGACGAUGAUGCCUUGGAAGAACAGAUCAAGCAGACGAGUGAAGACUCAAGAGCCCUGAGGGAGUUAAUGGAAGGUGAAAGGGGGAAACUGAGGCAGAGCCUAGAAGAAUUGCAGCAACUCCACAGUCAGGUGACACUGCUGAGCGUAGAAAUGACUUCGCUGAAAGAGGAAAGAGAUCGACUACGGAGUUCAGGUGAUGAUAAGGAGAUGAACGAACAACUCUUGAAGGCUAUCAGGGAUCGAGAUGAAGCAAUUGCCAAGAAGAAUGCUGUCGAAAUGGAACUAGCCAAAUGCAAGAUUGAUAUGAUGUCACUAAAUAGCCAGCUCUUGGAUGCUAUCCAACAGAAGCUUAACCUUUCGCAGCAGCUAGAGGCGUGGCAGGAUGACAUGCAGAGGGUCAUUGACCAGCAGUUGAUGGACAAACAUCCCAAGGAAUGGAGCCAGCCCACUUACUCCUUCUCCAGCGGUCACGGGGGCAAGCGGCGUGCCAGACCCUCUCCCAUGCUGAGGCCCGAGCAGCAGGGGUCCGAGCCUAUUGGGGCAGAAGGGAAUCGCCUCUUUGCAUUUUUCAAGAAAAAUUAAUGGGAACGGAGCCACCACUCUCCAGUUACUCCCUCUGGUCUUUUUUUUUUUUAAUUUUUAAAAAUGUGAUUUUUGGGGGGGGGGGAGAUGAAGGAAGCUGGAGGAGAGGCUCUGCAAGCCCAGGCGGUGGUUGUAGAUGGUCCUCAGUUCUGCUUGCACGAGAAACCACCGAAAAGGGCAAACGGAGCAAGCCCUUAAGAACUCUGCACUAUUUGGCAACCCACGUGGUCUGAACUCAAUGUUUACAUACAUCGUAGUCAAAAUUGCCGAUCUCCUACACGAUAGUGGUUUGAAAGGACUUUUCUUUUCUACCUUAAAAGCAACAUGAUAAAACAGAAAAACCGCCAGGGUCUCCCUUGUUAGGUCCACUCUGUUUUCUGCUGUGCAUUAUCGGAGGUUGCGGGGGAGAGGUGUCUUAAAAUUGUCCUCUUCUGUUCAAGAGAAAACAUGAAGGAGCUGGUCAAGAAGGAGCUGGUAAUGGAAGGAGAGGAGAAAUCUUUUGGCAGGAGCUGACACAGAGAAGGUGAAUAUAUUACUAGAAGGAUGGGGCACAUGGAUCUCCUGAUGUUGUCAGAUUGGAGCUCCCAUCUGUUCCCAGGAACUGAUGGGAGUUGCAGUCCAGUGACAUCUAGAAGGUUUCACAUCCCCAAUCCCUGUUGUACUAGCCGAGAUAAAAUUUGCUUCACCUAUACCUCAUAGUUCAGAGAGCAGGAGCCACCAGUUUGUUUAAAGCAGAGCUAGGCAUCCUGCAGCCCUCCCAAGAAUGCUGGGAGGCACAGUGUAACAAAAGCAGGAAGGCUGCAGGAUUCCCAGCCUCCGAUUUAAAGUUGUGAAAGUUUUAAUGGCCAGGAAUAUGUGCAAUGGGGUUUGAGAGUAAAUUCAUGGGUGAGCCUAGGCACCUUAUUAAAGCCCCAGCCAGCAAGUGGUGUUGGCCUAAGUUAGACACACUGAGGUAGGCUGAACGACAAGAGUCUGCAGCAAAAGCAGGAGUUUGAAAAUGAAAACUCCCAUCAUCACUUUCCAUUGGCUCAGUUGGUUGGUGCUGAUGGAGUUGCUGAUCUUCGAUGGCACCUUACCAGCAGUUUGAAUGCGAGGAGGGUAAGGGCUUUAAAAAAAAAAAAAAGUAAAGAAACUCAAAAUCCUCCAAUGGUUAUAACACUGGGAUAUGGCCCAUUUCAAAGUGCUCAGACCUUGGCUUGGCUAACCUCCGUUGAAGCUGUUGUGUGUUGAGCUGGUACACCUAAGUCAAGAAUGACACGAAUCCUGUUUCAUUCAGGAGAAACUGUGGCGCUCCUGCAGUUGAAUUGCUAUUGGAGCAGAAUGGCGAGUCCUAGGGGGCUUUGGACAUUGCAGAGGAAGAGAAUACCAACCUCUGUGACAACCAUCCCAAAAGAAAAAGAAAAAAAAAGGGGGGGAUGCUUACACUUGUGUAUGUCACUAGCAGGAUGCCAGCCAAUAUGGGUAAGGCAGCAGAAUCCUUAUAUCUACUUGCUUGUGCAUUAACACUUGUCGAACAACAUGGGUCUCCUCCUUGAGUCAACAUGCUGCAGGAUGAGGCUGUUGAGGAAUCCUGAGGGAGGAGGGUCAAUGCUGUAGCGUGAUGCCACAUGUGCAGAGGUUGGAUGGCCGUCUCUCAAGGAUGCUGCCCUCCCAGCCUGCAUUGGUAAGCCUGCAUUCAGCAGGCAGUUGUAUUAGAUCAGGGGUAGGCAACCUUUUUGGG